UCAUGCACCUAUCACCAUGGUUGACCUUCGCAAUGGGAAGAGCACCAUCCCCUAUAGCAAGGCUCAAGAGGAGCAAACCGCCGCCAUCCUUAGAGAGAGAAAGGAGAGAAAGGAGCUCAUUAGACAGGCGAAGAUGAAGAUGAUAGCAGAGGAGCAGGUUCUGUAAAAACCCGCUCCACUAAAUGGAAGCUUGAGAGAAUGAAGGCUGCAGUAGAGGAAGAGAUUGAAGAGGAGCAAUCGGAAGAAGAGCCCCUCAUAAGAAGAGGCAUGGGUGGAAGAGGAGAAAGUGGUGGCACGAAGGAAGAUGACCCGUGGGUAGAGAAGAGGAUAUUUGAGUGGGUGGCUAAUUUAUCGUUAGGAGAAGAUGAGGCGGCGAUGCUAUAUCUACCUCAGGAGGAGAAGGAAGCAGCGAUUAGGGAGAUCGAAGCAACAAGUGAUCCCCUAGAGCGCCAGACAACAGAAAAUGAGAAGAAGUUGGACUGGAAGUUGCGCCUGGCGAGGGAGAAGAAGAGGAGGACGAAGGAAGCCAACCGGGUGGCUAGAGAAGUGGAAAGUUUACAGACUUGUAGACAGGAAGUAGAGGCCCAGCCUGACAUUCAGGCCAAGUUGGACAAGAUCAUUGGGAGCAUCGAGCUCUUAGGUAGGGCUUGGACUGAGCAUCAUCAGUCUGUUAGGGCCCAAGACAUGGCCCUCCACUCCAUCCAGUCCGGUUUUAGAGAAUUUGCACGAGAUGUGAUGACGCAUGUAGGGACCGAGGUUAGAAAGCUAAAUGAGGGCGCAGAGAAAUUCUGCGCAGGCGCCAUCGAGGGCGCCAAAGUAGUGGUCGCUGCAGAGAUGGAAGUGCGUCCCUGCAAAGAGCCUGUUAAGCUUAAGUUUCCCGACUCUUAUGGCGGGAAGGAGGAGGAAAACUUUGACAAUUGGGAGGGUAGUAUUAACACUUACGUGUAUCUCCAACACAUUGUGCUUGAGGAACAAGUCCUCGUAGCCUUCCAUGCUUUAAAAGAUGACGCGACUAGUUUUGUCAGGUCCCUCGCGCGAGCAGCCGAUUGUGAAAAGAAUAUGGUUGCAUAUUCCAAACUCACCCCUCUUCACAAAUUCAUUAAACUCCUUAGAGAGAGAUUUGCAGACGUCACGCAAGGCGUCAGGGCCUUUGAUAAACUGCAAACGAUCCACUCGCGGCAGUGGAAGAGUGUAAGGGCACUCAAAGCACUUAUGGAUGAUUUAGUAACCAUCCUAGACCAGGGGGUCAUUGAGACCCAGUUAGUUAAUUUAUUAUAUCAUGCCAUGCCAGAGCCCUUACGAGGCCAUUUCUUUGAGAAGACUCUACAGUCCACCAUCACGUACGACACGUUAAGUAAGGAGGUGGUCCUGUUUGAGGCCAAAUCCAUGCCAGUGCCCACUUUUUGGCAUAAGGAUUUAGAUAAGGGGAAAAAGUGGAAGGGUCGUACCAUCUCUGGUCAGGUAUGGGCAAAGGAUCACCUGAUCCUUGCUUUAGAUGAGGGUGGUACUGAUGAAGUCCCCUACAGUCAGAUAGAGUGGGGGCUUGAGGAGGAAGAUAGUAGUGUAGGUCAGGCGAGGACCUACGCUGCUGUCGCAGCUGGAGGGAGGCCGCAAAGUAGAGGAGGAGGCCAGGGCCAAGGGGGCCUAGCCAAGGGUGGUCGAGGUCCGGGCGCACAGGGGGGUGGCGGCCAAAGGAACCGCCAAGAGGGAGGUAGGGGUCAAGGUCCCCCGCCGAAUCGAUCGGGGCCUAGUCGAUCACCACAGCGCAGAGGUGGAGGAUCACCUCAAUGGAGAGGAGGUUGGCACCCAGGUUGGCCACAGGGUCGAGCUUGGGGAAGAUCUGGGCUUGGACCAGAGAGUGUGGCAGCAGCGAAUGGAGCAGGGGCAGUGCAUCUAUUGCGGUUGCUCAAGAAGGAUGCAAUCUGGAAGUGGGACAAAGAUUGUACCUCCGCUCUUAAGAAGUUAAAGCGAGCGUUGAUAGAGUACCCUGUCCUCAAGGUGGCAGAUCCGUCCUUGCCAUAUGUCAUCACCACAGACGCAAGUCAGUAUGGUAUAGGUGAUGUGUUGCAGCAGGACGACGACAAUGGCUAUAGACCCGUAGAGUUUAUGUCAGCAAGGAUGCCUUCAAAGAAAGUAGCUACCUCGACUUAUGAGAGAGAACUCUACGCUCUCAGGCAGGCCUUAGAGCACUUGAAGCAUUACUUGCUUUGGAGGCACUUCAAAGUUUAUUCAGACCACGAGACCCUUACGCAGGCCAAGAUGACACCUAAGCUAACUAGGUGGGCCUCUGAGAUAGAUCAGUAUGACUUUGAGCUCAAACCAGUCAAAGGCAAGUAUAAUGUAGUUGCGGAUGCUCUAAGUAGGAGAUCAGAUUACUUAUGAGUUAUAGUUCACUAUCUAGAUAUAGGGAGAGACCUGCAAGAGAAAGUAAGACAGGCGUAUGCGCAGGACCCUAUUUACAGUGACCUUCUCAAGAAAGUUAAGGAGGCCCCAGAGACUGAACCAGAUAAUCGCGCUAGAUUACGACGCUACAAAGGGAUUACUGUUCGAGAAAACCAAUGUAGUAGACCGUCUGUGCGUUCCUAAUAAUGAGGAGAUCCGUAGUUUGAUCCUCGGGGAAUGCCACGACACAAAGGGACAUUUCGGUUGGCAAAAGACUUCAGCCAAUCUGAUGCAUGCGUAUACUUGGCCAGGAAUGAAAGCUGACUACAUAG